GUUCAAACAUAUUCACAUUGCAUUCCUUUCAUCUCUUCACUUUAGGGCUUUCCUUACUUAUAAAAAUAUGCCUCGUUUAUCUUCCCCCCGAACCCAAGAUGAGUGCUUAUAUGAUUCUCAGUGGACGAAGGAGGUGGAUAACUUGUUUAUUGACCUUCUCUUAGAUCAACACUUUGAAAGUGAUUGGAAGUGCAGACGUCCAUCAAUUCCCAUUAUCGAAGUGAUAAAUAAUUUGUUGGAGACAGACUUUAUCAUAACUGAGUUGGAAGGAUGUGUGGAUUUCCUUAACAAACGCUACCUUGUGUUUCUAUGGAUGCUAGGGAAGCACGACCUCCGUCACCACAAGGGAGCCAAUGUUUUAACUACCCCGGUUGAUGUUAAUUCUAUAUUAUACCAGUCAAACCCUUUUAGCAUUUCCUAUCAGGACUUGGGCAAGUAUUUCGUGCCGACAUUUUCCCUUAGAAAGCCUUUGGGGGUGAUGCAGCAACCGAAGUUGUUUCUUUCUGAUGUUGAACAGGAUGGUGUGGACGUCGCCGAAUCGUCCAUUAACACUGAGGAAGGAAAUCUUUGUCGAAACAGUAUUGUUCAGACAUCCGGUCGACCACGUGACAAGGACAUAUCCUCCGAGUGCUCAGUGAAUAAGUCUAGUCAUGUGGUCAUCUCACCAGUCGGUGGUCGUCCCUCUUUGUGCAUUCCUCGACCGCCCUACAAAUGUCGCCCCCCACCUUGCAAGGGAUCAUGCAGCGACCCCAUGAUUAAAAGAAAU